AUUAUUGAGCUGUGUCAUCAGUUCCCUCAUGGUAUCACAGACCAGGUGAUUCAGAACGAUAUGCCUCACAUGGAAGCCCAGCAGCGAGCCAUGGCGAUCAACAGGCUGCUCUCGAUGGGGCAACUGGACCUUCUCAGGAGCAACGCAGGUCUCCUGUAUAGAAUCAAAGAGUCUCAAAAUGCAAGUAAAAUGAAAGGCUCUGACAAUCAAGAGAAGCUGGUUUACCAAAUUAUAGAAGAUGCGGGCAACAAAGGUAUUUGGAGCAGGGACAUUAGAUACAAAAGUAAUUUGCCUUUAACCGAGAUCAACAAGAUACUGAAAAACUUGGAAAGCAAGAAGCUAAUUAAAGCAGUUAAAUCUGUGGCAGCAUCCAAGAAGAAGGUGUAUAUGCUGUAUAACCUGCAGCCAGACCGGUCAGUGACUGGCGGGGCGUGGUACAGUGACCAAGACUUUGAGUCUGAGUUUGUGGAGGUGUUAAAUCAACAGUGUUUUAAAUUUCUGCAGAGUAAGGCAGAAGCAGCCCGAGAGAGCAAACAGAACCCCAUGAUACAGAGGAACAGCUCAUUUGCCUCAUCCCAUGAGGUGUGGAAAUACAUCUGUGAGCUGGGUAUCAGUAAGGUAGAGUUGUCAAUGGAAGACAUUGAAACCAUUUUAAAUACGCUAAUCUAUGAUGGAAAAGUGGAGAUGACUAUUAUUGCUGCAAAGGAAGGGACGGUGGGCAGUGUGGAUGGACAGAUGAAGUUGUACAGAGCCGUCAGUCCUCUCAUACAGCCCACAGGAUUAGUCAGGACACCCUGUGGACUCUGCCCU